GGCCCGGUUCGAAUUGUCGUCGUUUCACGACGGCCCGAGGAAAAGUCGUUCGGUUCCUCGCGUUCCUACUCCUGUUGUUCCGGUCGUAAAGCGCGACUCUCUAGGAACCGAAUAUGCUGGGGAAUUCUCUGACUUCAACGACUCGCAUUUAUGCCUUUUUCUACUCGCCACUUCAUCACGCCAAGCAUAUGCCCUCCAAAUAUUCUACUAAACCAUCCAGCUUAAUAUAUAUAAAAAAAAAAAACACACCCACUUCUCGUCCUCUCUCUCCCUCUCUCUCUCUCUCUCUCCUGCAUUCGCACGUACCCGAGAAACUCUCGCUCUCCUUCCCUUUGAUCCAUAGCUUGGGUCGAUCCCUCUUGGUGGGUUUCAGUUGACAGGAGUCCCUUGUCUUCUUAGAUUGGUUUAUCCAUGAAAUUUGGCAAGUGGCUGAAGCAGCAGAUCCAAGAGACAUUGCCCGGAUGGUGCGACAAGUUCCUGUCCUACAAGGAACUGAAGAAGCUGGUGAGGCUCAUCUCCUCGGCGCCCCCCCGCGGCGGCGCCGGCGCCGGACACCCGGCGUACGGCAGGGCCGAGGCCGAGUUCAUGUACCUGCUGCACGGCGAGAUCGAGAAGUUCAACUCCUUCUUCGUGGAGAAGGAGGAGGACUUCAUCAUCCGGCACAGGGAGCUUCAGCAGAGGAUCCAGAAAGUGGUUAGCACCUGGGGAGACAAAGGAAGUCACCCUUCAGAGAAGCUUUACAAGGAGGAGAUGACCAAGAUCAGGAAGGACAUCGUCGACUUCCACGGCGAGAUGGUGCUGCUGAUGAACUACAGCAACAUCAACUACACAGGGCUCGCCAAAAUACUCAAGAAGUAUGACAAGCGGACGGGCGGGCUGCUGCGCCUGCCGUUCAUACAGAAGGUCCUGCAGCAACCCUUCUUCACAACCGACCUCGUGUCAAAGCUGAUCAAGGAAUGCGAGGGCACGAUCGACGCGGUUUUCCCUAUGGAGGAGCGCAAGAAGGCGAGACCCGAAGAGGAGGCAGGAGUCUCCGACCCCGUGGCUGGAGACGGGAUCUUCCGGAACACCGUGGUCGCGCUGAGGACGAUGCAGGAGAUGAGGAAAGGGAGCUCGACGAUCAGCCAAUUCUCUCUGCCCCCUCUCAACCUGCCGGACUCCGAUCUCGCCCGAUUCUUGCAGCUUAAUUCUCCUAUACAGAUUUCUUGAUGGCUGGGACACUUUGUCAUUACCGCUAUACGUAUGAUGCUAGUAGAAAUCAGCGACGUCGCGUGACGCGUUCUUAUGUGCCGUUCAAGAUGCGUACCAUCCGCGACGAGUAAGCUACAGGCAUUUUUAUAAGUAGAGAUCAGAGAGAAACUGACUUGUAUGAUCCGAACCUUUGCCACAAUCUAAGGGGUAUUGAUAAUUAAGUCGUGCUA